UUGAAGACAAUGCAAGAGACAUUGCAGCUACCUCAAUUAGAUAUUUCUCUUCCUUUGCUUUCAUCUUCCCUUCAAUCUCUAUCCCAUGCAUGCAAAGAGUGGGGAUUCUUUCUUAUAACCAACCAUGGCAUCUCAAAAGAGCUUCAUCAAAGACUUCACAGUCUCUGCAAUGAAGUCUUUUCCCUUCCCUUAGAUAUCAAACUCAAGUUAGGACCAUUCUCUUCCAUUAGAACCUAUACGCCUUGUUUUAUCGCCUCGCCGUUCUUCGAAAGCCUCCGUGUCUCCGGUCCGAACUACCUUGCUUCUGCAAAGAGUUCCAUUGAUGUUCUGUUUGAUCUUUCAAACACUGAACUUUGUAAUGCAUUGGAAGAGUAUGGAGCAAAGAUGAUGGAGUUAUCAAAGAGAAUUAUGGUUGUUCUGUUGAAGUGUUUAGGUGAUGAUUUUGAUACCAAGUAUUAUGAAAAAGAAUUCAGCAAAUGCCAUGGAUAUAUGAGGGUAAAUAAUUAUUGUCCUCCUGAUAACAUGAUUAACAGUAAUAACAAUGUUGAAGAUCAUGUGGUUGAAGGUCUAGGAAUGCAUACAGACAUGAGUUGCAUAACCAUUUUGUACCAAGAUGAGAUUGGAGGGCUUCAAGUGAAGUCAAGAGGUGGACAAUGGAUGGACAUUGUUCCAAAUGAAGGAACACUGGUUGUGAACAUUGGUGAUAUGUUGCAAGCUUGGAGCAAUGGACAGUUGAGAUCUUCGGAGCACCGGGUUGUUCUAAGGAAGCCGGUGAACCGGUUUUCAUUGGCUUUCUUUUGGUGUUUUGAGGAUGAGAAAGUGAUCUUAGCUCCUGAAGAUGUUGUGGAAGAAGGAAAGCAAAGGAUAUAUCAACCAUUUAAGUGCUUUGAUUAUGUCAAAUUCAGGGAAAAUAAUGAGAAAGGGAAGUUUGAAAAAGUUGGAUACACAGUUGAUGAUUUCGCUGCCUGCAAAACUCCAAAACUUGAACAAUAAUUGUUUGGAUUUUCUUUGCAUUUGUUGUACUGCAACUUGUACCAUGCAUUUUCCAAAUCAUUUAUGAGUGAGACUAUGAAUGUAUUACUUAGAAUUGGAGAGAGUUUUAGUUUGAA